AUGUUGAAAUUAAUCAGUGCAUUAUUGGCUGUGCUUUUUGUUAUCUCAAUUUUAUAUUCAAACAAGGUUGAAUGUCGAGUAAUUGAACAGGACUAUAAUUCGAUUCCAGUUUCUCAACAUCAGUUUAUCACUGAUCAAAGUAGUGAAAAUAAUCAGAAUAAAGUUUAUCAAGGUGACAAUAAAUAUAUUAAAAGGAAAAGCGAUUUUCUUCUAUCAUUAUAUGGCUUACCGUAUACUCUUGUCAACAAAAGAAAUUUUCAUCGUUAA